GAGUUGACUUGUGACUGAGUGACUUUACACGUCUUUUGCCACUGUUCAUCUAAGCUCCAGCAGAGAAGGCAACUGAAGAUGGCUUGGGACGGAGGAAUCGAGCCCAAUGGCACAGAAGGCAAGAACUUCUACAUCCCCAUGUCCAACAAGACCGGGAUUGUUAGAAGUCCUUAUGAAUAUCAGCAGUACUAUUUGGCGGAUCCCAUCAUGUUCAAGCUUCUAGCUCUCUACAUGUUCUUCCUGAUCUGCACUGGAACUCCCAUCAACGCUCUGACAUUGUUGGUAACGGCUCAGAACAAGAAACUCCGGCAACCUCUCAACUACAUCCUGGUCAACCUGGCUGUGGCUGGACUGAUCAUGUGCGGCUUCGGAUUCACCAUCACCAUCACAUCCGCUGUCAACGGCUACUUCAUCCUCGGAGCCACCGCCUGCGCUGUCGAGGGAUUCAUGGCCACGCUUGGAGGUGAAGUUGCUCUCUGGUCCCUGGUCGUCCUGGCUGUUGAGAGAUACAUCGUCGUCUGCAAACCCAUGGGAAGCUUCAAGUUCACCGGAACUCACGCAGGAGCUGGAGUCCUUUUCACCUGGAUCAUGGCUCUCGCUUGUGCCGCCCCUCCACUGGCUGGCUGGUCCAGGUACAUUCCUGAGGGCAUGCAGUGCUCCUGUGGACCUGACUACUACACUCUGGCUCCAGGCUUCAACAACGAAUCAUACGUCAUGUACAUGUUUGUCGUCCACUUCUUCAUCCCCGUCUUCCUCAUUUUCUUCACUUAUGGAAGCCUCGUGCUGACAGUCAAAGCUGCCGCAGCUCAGCAGCAGGAGUCAGAGUCUACCCAGAAGGCCGAGAGGGAAGUUACACGCAUGUGCAUCUUGAUGGUCUUUGGCUUCCUGGUAGCUUGGGUGCCCUAUGCCAGUUUUGCCGGUUGGAUCUUCUUGAAUAAAGGCGCUGCCUUCUCCGCCCUGACAGCAGCUAUCCCAGCCUUCUUUGCGAAGAGCUCAGCCCUGUAUAAUCCUGUUAUCUACGUGCUGUUUAACAAGCAGUUCCGUAACUGCAUGCUGAGCACUAUUGGAAUGGGCGGCAUAGUGGAUGAUGAGACCUCAGUCUCUGCCAGCAAGACAGAAGUGUCCUCUGUGUCUUAAUCACGAUGACAUCCUCAAAUCUAUGGACAUUUUUCUUACUGAUCGCUUUCAGAUUUUAAAAAAGAUCCAAUGAAAAGAAAAGUCUUAAACUUUUGCCAAAUAGAUUUACGGAUUCGAUGAACGGACUCUGGACCAAACACGCUGAGGGAUUCUAUCUCACCUGUUAAUAUGUACAAACUGAGAAUUGUAAUGAAAUGCAUUUGCUCUCAAAGUUAUCUUGCACAGCAUUUGUGUGUGUGUGCUCUUAAGAGCAUUUGAGUGAGUGAGCGAGUGUGUGUGUGACUGUGCAGGACUUGAUGACACCCAAGAAACUUCAAAUCUCAAGUCAAGUUAAAAUUUGCUGCUACGAUGCAUGUGCAAUCAUGCACGUGGGGGCACAAUUAUGUGCUUUACUGGUCUACCAGUGGCAUUGUUUUCUUGUAUAAUGUGAAAAAGAAAAAAAAUAUAUAGGAUCGACUAGAUAAUAAAUGCAUGCAUGAAAAGAAAA